GAUCGCCUUCCAAAGAUGCUCGACGAAUGUUUUGAAUAUUUACAGGAAAGGGAGAAACAGGAAAGAAGUUUUAGCUUCGAAGUUCGUUCUUCUUCAUUUUUUUCUUUUACCUCUUCCUAUUCAUCUGUCUUGAUUGGCCUAGUUUUAGUCGUCGAUGAUGGAAGUACAGACAGUACGGCUGAUGUUGCUCUUGAGUACAACCGAAAACUUGGUGGUAAAUUGAAAGUGUUGAAAUUGGAAGAAAACCGCGGUAAAGGUGUUAUGCACAGUAGUGGAAAACUGAUUCUCUUUGCCGAUGCUGAUGGCGCAACAAAAUUUUCGGACGUUGAAAAGCUCGAGAAAGGCUUGUUGAGAAUUAGUGGAGGACCACCUAUGGACGAAAGCUUUCCCGCAGUAGCCGUGGGAUCGCGGGCUCAUAUGGAAGCAGAGUCGAUCGCUACUCGAUCUCUUUUUCGUACUUUCCUAAUGCAUGCCUUCCACAUUCUCGUGUGGCUGUUUUCAUCUCGAACUGUUCGAGAUACGCAGUGUGGAUUCAAAUUGUUCACUAGGGCUUCCGCGGCUCAGGUCUGUGUGACAUGGCACGAAGUUGAGGGAUCGAAAUUGGUUCCGUUUUGGUCGUGGCUGCAGAUGGGGCGAGAUCUGAUACUCAUCUGGUUCCGCUAUCGAAAGUAUUGCAAACGUAUUGAGGUUUCGAUUACGUUUUUGGUUUUUCCUGCUACCGUAUAUAUCACUGCAGAUAUUUUUACUGUUGUAGUUAUCAAUGACUUGGAGAAUGGUAUGUCGCUCGAUUUCGAUCUCAUUAAGGUUGAGGCACCAAUAGCCAAUGCCCUGAGGAGAGUGUUGCUGGCUGAAGUUCCUACAAUGGCAAUUGAAAAAGUAUAUCUGUACCAGAAUACUAGCGUCAUUCAGGUGAUAGCCGUGAACGAAAAUGGGGUUGACUGCGAAGAGGAACCACAACCAGAUCCUAGUCGAACAGUUGUGUUCAAUAUCAACGUGACUUGCACAAAAAAUCGCAACGCCCCAUCUACAGCAACUGAACCUCAUCAACUUUAUCAUCAUUCUUCCGUCUAUUCAAAUGCGUUUAAAUGGGUUCCUUGUGGAAAUCAGGAGGAACAGUUUGCGGACGAUCCCCCUCGCAUGGUAUGCGACGAAAUAUUGGUAGCAAAACUUCGGCCAGGGCAACAAAUUGAGGCAAACUGUCAUGCUGUAAAAGGUAUUGGUCGCGAUCAUGCAAAGUUUAGUCCUGUGGCCACUGCAUCUUACAGGUUACUGCCUACUAUUCGUCUUCUUAGCGAAGUUCGUGGAGAAGCGGCUGUUCGUUUGCAGGAUUCGUUUAGCGAAGGAGUCAUCGAAUUGAAGGAAAAGGGUGAUGCACGUCGUGAUACAUGUAGCCGAAAUGUAUUCAGACACAGUGACUUAGCCUCUGUCGUAGAACUGGGCAAAAAGAAGGAUCAUUUUAUUUUCAGCGUUGAAUCUACAGGUGCUCUCAAAUCUGCCGAAUUGGUGGUGGAAGCUUGUAAGGUAAUGGAAGAGAAAUGCAGAUGUCUUCAUGCUCAGGUGGCAGCUACCCUUAACCAUUGUUAA